AUGUUCUUGGUUACUGCUCGUGCGGUCACUACUACCCAAAGAGAACAAGCGACGGAAUAUCUCGAAGCUCUUGCAUUUAAACUAAACGGUUCCCUUCCAUCAGGUAUGGAACAACGAGGUGGAAUGGCGUUGAGCACCACCAGGUUUCCCAGUCCUGUCAAGGAUGCUUUGGAUGGACUGCUUGGAACGAGUGUUUGUGAAGCCAGUCAUGCCGAGAUCGAUGACCCUAUUUUCUACACCAAGUUGUCUACUGCUGCCUAUUGUCGUACAGUCAUUCUUUGGGCAUAUCUAAACGUAAGCAUUGUGACAAUAGCCUGA